CGGGGCAGGAGGGGGACGCCCCCUCCUCCUCAUCCCCGCGCGCGCGUUUCCUCAGGGCCCACGGCUUCCCCCUCGGCGCCCGGUGCGGAGCCCGGGCGGGGCGGGGGGAGUGGCCUGCGCACGGGCGGAUCGGCCCCUGGGAGGAGGCGGGGCAGCCGGAGUCAGUUGGCGGCCGGAGGCGGCGGCUGGUCGGUGCGGCGGCCUCGCCAUGGUUUUCCUUAAACUCCGCGAGCAGCCACCGCUGGUUCAAGCUAUAUUUAAUGGGGACCCUGAUGAAGUUCGAGCAUUAAUAUUUAAGAAAGAAGAUGUUAACUUUCAGGAUAAUGAAAAGAGGACCCCUUUACAUGCUGCUGCCUAUCUGGGAGAUGCAGAAAUUAUUGAACUACUUAUUUUAUCUGGAGCUAGAGUUAAUGCCAAAGACAGCAAGUGGUUGACUCCCUUACACAGAGCUGUUGCAUCAUGUAGUGAGGAUGCUGUUCAGGUGUUGUUAAAGCAUUCAGCAGAUGUCAAUGCCCGUGACAAAAACUGGCAGACACCCCUACAUAUAGCAGCUGCAAAUAAAGCUGUUAAAUGUGCUGAAGCUUUGGUGCCUCUUCUAAGUAAUGUAAAUGUGUCAGAUCGAGCAGGUAGAACAGCAUUACAUCAUGCAGCCUUCAGUGGACAUGUUGAGAUGGUGAGUUUGUUAUUGUCUAGAGGUGCCAAUAUUAAUGCAUUUGACAAGAAAGACAGACGAGCUAUACAUUGGGGAGCAUAUAUGGGUCACAUUGAAGUUGUGAAAUUACUUGUGACCCAUGGAGCUGAAGUGACAUGCAAAGACAAGAAAUCAUAUACACCCCUACAUGCUGCAGCAUCUAGUGGAAUGAUCAGCGUAGUCAAAUAUCUUCUAGAUCUUGGAGUUGAUAUGAAUGAACCAAAUGCCUACGGAAAUACACCUCUUCAUGUAGCUUGCUACAAUGGACAAGAUGUUGUAGUAAAUGAACUUAUAGACUGUGGUGCUAAUGUAAAUCAGAUGAAUGAGAAAGGUUUUACACCUUUGCACUUUGCUGCUGCAUCAACACAUGGAGCAUUGUGUUUAGAACUUUUGGUCUGUAAUGGAGCAGAUGUAAAUAUGAAGAGUAAAGAUGGGAAAACACCAUUACAUAUGACAGCAAUCCAUGGUAGAUUUUCAAGAUCACAAACCAUCAUCCAGAAUGGAGCUGAAAUAGACUGUGAAGAUAGAAAUGGAAAUACUCCUUUGCACAUCGCAGCUAGAUAUGGUCAUGAGCUACUAAUCAACACUCUAAUUACAAGUGGUGCUGACACUGCAAAGAGAGGUGUACAUGGGAUGUUUCCUCUCCAUUUGGCAGCAUUAAGUGGAUUUUCAGACUGUUGCAGAAAGCUCCUUUCAUCAGGCUUUGACAUAGACACCCCAGAUGAUUUUGGCAGGACCUGCCUUCAUGCAGCUGCAGCUGGAGGGAAUUUGGAGUGCCUAAACCUUCUGCUCAACACUGGUGCAGACUUCAACAAAAAGGACAAAUUUGGGAGAACUCCACUUCAUUAUGCUGCUGCCAAUUGUAAUUACCAGUGCCUGUUUGCCCUUGUGGGAUCUGGAGCUAGUGUGAAUGACCUUGACGAGAGGGGUUGUACACCAUUGCACUAUGCAGCUGCAUCAGACACAGAUGGCAAGUGCCUGGAAUAUUUACUAAGAAAUGAUGCAAAUCCAGGGAUCCGAGACAAACAAGGAUACAAUGCAGUUCAUUAUUCUGCUGCUUAUGGUCAUCGCUUGUGUCUUGAACUGAUUGCAAGUGAAACUCCCCUAGAUGUUCUAAUGGAAACAUCAGGUACUGACAUGCUGAAUGAUUCCGACAACAGAGCACCAAUUAGUCCAUUGCACUUAGCUGCCUAUCAUGGUCACCAUCAAGCUCUGGAAGUACUGGUGCAGUCUUUGUUGGACCUUGAUGUGAGGAACAAUAAUGGAAGGACACCAUUGGAUCUUGCAGCUUUUAAGGGACAUGUGGAGUGUGUGGAUGUACUUAUUAAUCAGGGAGCAUCAAUCUUAGUGAAAGACUAUGUUGUAAAGAGAACUCCAAUACAUGCUGCUGCUACUAAUGGUCAUUCAGAAUGCUUGCGAUUAUUGAUAGGCAAUGCAGAACCACAGAAUGCAGUGGACAUUCAAGAUGGAAAUGGACAGACUCCUCUGAUGCUGUCUGUUCUCAAUGGGCACACAGACUGCGUUUAUUCAUUGCUUAACAAAGGAGCAAACGUAGAUGCCAAAGAUAAAUGGGGAAGAACUGCAUUACAUAGAGGGGCAGUUACUGGGCAUGAGGAGUGUGUGGAAGCAUUGCUUCAACAUGGUGCUAAGUCCUUGCUACGAGACUGCCGAGGGCGAACACCUAUACACUUAUCAGCUGCAUGUGGACAUAUUGGUGUUCUAGGAGCUCUCUUGCAGUCAGCAACAUCUGUGGAUUCGGUACCGGCCAUAGCAGACAAUCAUGGAUAUACAUCACUGCACUGGGCUUGUUAUAAUGGUCAUGACAGCUGUGUAGAGCUUCUUUUGGAACAGGAAGUUUUCCAGAAAAUGGAAGGAAAUUCUUUCAGCCCAUUGCAUUGUGCUGUCAUAAAUGACAAUGAAGGUGCUGCUGAAAUGUUAAUUGAUACGUUGGGUGCUGGCAUUGUAAAUUCAACAGAUGCAAAAGGAAGAACCCCCCUUCAUGCAGCAGCUUUUACAGAUCAUGUGGAGUGUUUACAGCUUCUACUCAGUCAUAAUGCUCAAGUAAAUGCUGUAGAUUCUUCUGGAAAGACUCCUCUAAUGAUGGCUGCAGAAAAUGGGCAAACUAACACCGUUGAGGUGCUGGUUAGCAGUGCUAAGGCUGAUCUGACCUUGCAAGAUAGCAGUAAAAACACAGCACUCCAUUUGGCUUGCAGCAAGGGUCAUGAAACUAGUGCCUUGUUAAUACUGGAGAAAAUUACGGAUAGAAACCUCAUCAAUGCCACCAAUGCAGCCUUGCAAACACCUCUGCAUGUUGCUGCUCGAAAUGGAUUAACAGUUGUAGUUCAAGAACUUUUAGGCAAGGGAGCAAGUGUACUUGCUGUAGAUGAAAAUGGUUACACACCAGCUUUGGCCUGUGCUCCCAAUAAGGAUGUGGCUGAUUGUCUAGCUCUCAUUUUGGCCACGAUGAUGCCUGUUACAUCAAGCAGCACUUUACCUUCCCUUACAUUCAAUGCCAUUAAUCAUUACACCAACACCUCAAAAACUGUCACGUUUGACUCCUUGCCAAUCAUGAGGAGUGAACAUAGCUCUUAUUGUAGCUUCAACAACAUUGGCAGGGAAGAUGGCUACCCAUAUACAGAAGAGGAUGAGCUUAAUGACUCAGAUUCUGAGACCUAUUAAGAAGCUUCAUCUGGAGGUCUGAAGAGUGAGCCCGGUCAUCUGAAGGUCAGAAUUGUGCUUUUGGAAAAAAGCAGUCAGUGUUUGAUUACAAAAGAGGACAGACCUACGAGAAGAUUUUGGGGUUUUUUAAUUGUGGAUACAUAUGAAAGAUCUAUGUGUGACACUAGGAGGAUUUUAAAGAGCAGGUUUUGCAAAAGAAGCAUAAAUUCUUGAAAAAUACUUGGAAUCUACAGCAAAAAAAAUUAAGAAUGUCAAAACUGUUUUAUUUAAUUGUACAUUACCAUUUUGUUUGUGGUGCCAGGAGUAACUUCUCCAGACUCUGCACCCUAGUCUGUGUAAAUGAACAACAUAUUUGUACAACAAAAAGGACAUCUGAUUUAACUAUAAUCAAUAAAACUAAAACCAUUUUGAAGGCAAUAAAUGAGUUUGGUACAGUAGGCAUUGUGUGUGCAGCAAAUUGCCAAAGGACCAAAUAACUUAAAGAUUUUUUUAAUUAAAUACCUUUUUGUGGAAACUGGAAUAGGUUAAAUGAGAUGUUGUCUUAACCAAACCUUAAUUAUUUCUGGGAAUGAAGCUUAGAUUUGGUUUUAAAUGUUGAUUUUUUUUUAUAAUCUAAAAGCCUUCCGACACUAUUAAAUGUACCAUGAAAGAAAGCAGAUGUAUCUUUCAGUUUUGUUUUUUCUUUUAGAUUAAACAAAAAUGAACUUGUCAAACUUUUAUAAAGCUUAAAAAAAAAACCAGCUAACAAGGUGCAGUCAGGGUGAAACAUGUACAGUGUAAUAAACAAGGGGAGGGGUGGGAGGGGAGCAGUAAUUGUUGCACAGUUUUAGAUUUUUAACUUCUGGGUUUUAAAUUGAGAUAUUUUUAUUUAAAUACAUGAAGGGUAAUUUACUGAGAAAAUGAAACUGCAUAAAAAUCUCCUGACACCCUGUUGUGACUGAAAGUUCUUAGGGAAUGGAUUUAUCAACAAUUCACCCACUUAUUUGCAUCAUCAAGUUUGUAAGUGAGAUGAAGUCUGUGCCUCCAUAUUGUAUUUCUUUUAAAUCCUGGAGUUCUGAGUCGGGGGGGAGGGGGGGAAGGUGAAUUUAAAAGAAAGUUUCCCUGUUAUCAAAAGGUACAAUGCUGGAUCUUUGGGAAGAAAUAUCUGUGGUGUUCUCUAUUUAAAAAAAUCAAUAGAAGAUGCAGGCCCCUGUAGUGUAGUACAAACUUGCCCUCAGUCUUUUUAUUUAUAACAGACUACUGUUUAAAAAAAAAAAAAAAGGGUGGGGGGGAGGCUGAAAAAUGGAAGACUGAAGUUUGUCUGUUAAAUGAGUAUUUCGUUUAUUGGGUUCUGCUUUAACUAUAACUAUUACUUUUAAAGUGAAACUGCUUAUGUACAUGCAAGGGAUUCUUGCAUGUCCAGGUAAAAUACAAAUAAACUGAAUCCCAGUGACCUUUUAUCCUUUUUGUAUUGUGAAACUGGAAACCUUAAUGCCAUUGUAAAUUAUCAGCUGGUUUUCUGAACAUAAAGUGUGGAAAAACAGGACAGUAUUUUGAUCUAUUUGAUAAUUUUGUGGGUUUUUUGAAGAAUUAAUGAGCAUGUACAUAGAUAUAGUGAUUGCUUGAAUACUGUAUUUACCUGCACUCUUUCAGUACAUCAAGAUUCCUGUAUAUUUUACAGAGUAUAAUAAAACCCAGAUGUGAGUUGUA